AUGCAGCAGGACGGUCCUGAGAGGGAGAGUGUGAGGGGGGGAAGUCAGCAGGCAGAGAGCGCGAGGCACAGGCGCAGUCAGAGCAGUGCUCAUGUCGACAGGCAUAGCUUCGAUGAGUCGCCUAGACCGCAACCGCAGCAGCAUUUGAGGCGAUGGCAGCAGCAGCAGCAGCAGCAUGGGACUGUGAGUGAGGGCGAGAGCAGUCAGUCUGUACAGAGUGCAGGUCACAGGCGCAGCCAGAGCAGUGCACAUGCCGUCAGUCGGGGCUCUAUUCACUCAGUGGGGCUGCAACAACAACAGCCACAGACUUGGAUGCAACAGCAGCAGCAGCAGCAGCAGCAGCAGCAGCAGCAGCAGCAGCAGCAGCAGCAGCAGCAGCAGCAGCAGCAACCGUGUGAGAGGCAUCAUCAGUAUCAGCAGCAUCAAGAGGAAGUGGAGCGUUUCCAACCAGAAAAUGGGCUCGUUUCAGGGGCUGGGCGGUUGACUGACAGACUGCUGACUGACUCUGAUGACAUUCUGACGGAUUCUGACAGAGGCGUAGGUGGCACUGACCGACUGAUGAGUGGUGAUGGAGCUGUAGUGGCUGAGUGGCAUGCGGGUGAGUUGGUAGGUGUUGGCAAGGAGAGGAGUGGCGAUGGCGUGGGUGCGGCGGUAGUGCAUGGGAGGAGUAUGGUGGUAGAUGGAGAGGCGAUGGUGGUGAGUGGCGGGGCUAUGGAGGUAAAUGGCUACUUGGAGGAGUCACAGAGUGGGCGUUCACUCACUGCUCAGGAUGCUGAGAGGCCAGAGGGGUGGGAGGAAGAGUUGAGAGCCCCAGCAGGGGAGCUGGCAGGAGAGCAUGCAGGAGCGCCAGCAGGGGUGGCUGCUCAGUCCACUCCAAGGUCACAUAAUGGGCGUGUACUGGCCACUCAAAUGGAGAAUGGGCGGGGUGUGGGGAGAGAGCUGUUGAGAGUGGAAGCAGCAGAGGCAGCAGGAGGGACUGAAUGGGACCAACUGUCCCCUGAUGAUGCUGCAGUUCCCAUGGCCACGCCUGUGUAUGGAUCCGUGGGGGACGAGCAGUGGGGAGAGGGGAACAUAGAUGAUUGCGAAGGAAGUGAUAGUGACGAGGGCUCUGUUAUAGUGGCGGAUGUUGUGGAGAGUGGUAACGGGGGAGGUUCGGCGUUUAGAGUCAGGGAGGACGGGAGGGAAGAGGGAUGGGAGGCAGAAGUGGUGGAUGAGGAGGAGGGGGGGAAGGGAGAGGAGGAAGCGGCGGAGGAGGAUGAGGAAGAGGAAGAGGAGGAGGAAGAGGAAGAGGAAGCAGAGGACAAGGAGGAGGAAGCAGAGGACGAGGAGGAGGAGGCGAAGGAGGAAGAGGCCUAUAAAGCGGAGGAGGCAGAGUCCGUCCGCGCAGGCGGUUGGGCUGUGGAUGUGGGGAUGGGGGAGGCAGCGGAGGAUGAGGAAGAACAGGAUGAGGAGGAAGAGGGGGGAAAGGAGGAGGCGAAGGAAGAAGAGACGAAUAAAGCAGAGGAGACAACGUCAGUCCGAGCAGGUGGUUGGGGUGUGGAUGUGGGGAUGGGGAAGGCAGUGGAGGAUGAGGAAGAACAGGAUGAGAAGGAAGAGGGGCGAAAGGAGAAGGCGGAGGAGGAGGAUGAUGAGGAGGAGGAUGAGGGUUGUAGGUUGGACGAACGGGUUAAGGCUGAAGAGGAGGAGGAGAGAGGGGGGGCAGAUUAUUGGGAUGAGGUGAUGGAGAUGGAGGAGGAAGAGGAGGAGGAGGGGGCUUUCAGCGCAGCCACUUUAACAGCUGAAAAGGCAGCUGCUGUCACGACCGGUGAAGCCGUUACCGUAAUGGUCGAUGAUUUGGUUACUGUAACGGGUGAUGAUUCGGUUACCGUAACAGCUAAUAAGCUGGUCAUUGACUUGUCUGAUGGUGACGAUGAUGAUGGCACGAUAGAGGGACCCCAAGCAGAGAGCCUGGAGGAUGGGGGAGAGGAGGGAAAUCCGAGCACAUGCAAGGGUGAAGUCAAGAGCAAGAGCAGCGGAAUGAGGAGUAAGAGCAGCGGUAGUUUGUUUCGCGGGCUGAGGAGCAGAAGCAAGCUGCUACUCGGAGGCAGCAAGGCAGGGGCUCGGCAUGGUGAGACAGGCAGUCAGGAGGAGCACUAUGGGUCCACCACAGGGGGAGUGGCGGGUACAUUGAUGCAGGGCGAUAGUGGCAGUACUUUUGAUGGUGAUGUACACAAUCCUUCUUCUGCCUUGGCUGCUCCUCCCGCAAGCGGUAUCUCCUCUGCUGCGAUAAAAGCAGCGGCUGGGAUCGCAUCAGGAGCGCGUAACGUCUCUGCGGUUACCAGCCUCCCCGGCGCUGCUGCUAGGAACGUGGCUGCUGCAGCAGGGGAGGUGGGGCAGGGGGCGAGGAGCCUUGCUGCGGUGGCAGCAGGGGGGGUGGCUACUGGUGCGGUGGCUGUUGCUGGGGGGAUAAAGGGAGGGGCGAGGAACGUUGCAGGGGGGAUUAAGGGCGGAGUGAGGACGGUGGCAGGGGGGGUGAGAGAUGGAGCAUUGACGGUUGCAGGAGGGGUGAAAGGAGGGGCUAUGACUGUUGCUGGAGGGUUGAAAGAGGGAGCCUUGACAGUGGCAGGUGGUGUGAAAGAGGGUGCUUUGACAGUGGCAGGAGGUGUGAAAGAGGGAGCUCUAACAGUGGCAGGGGGAGUGAAAGGGGGGGCUUUAACAGUGGCAGGUGGUGUGAAAGAGGGUGCUUUAACAGUGGCAGGGGGUGUGAAAGAGGGUGCUUUGACAGUGGCAGGUGGUGUGAAAGAGGGUGCUUUGACAGUGGCAGGGGGUGUGAGCGGGGGUGCGCUGACAGUAGCAGGAGGGGCACAGAGCGUAGCAUUUGCAGCAGCGGGAGGAAUCAAGGAGGGUGCAAGGAGCGUGGCAGGCACUGCAGCAGCAGCAGCAGCGGUGGCAGCAGGGGGGAUCAAAGAGGUGGCAUCUGAGAUCAAGCAUUUGGCAGAAGAGGUGGCAUCUGAGAUCAAGCAUUUGGCAGAAGAGGUGGCAGCUGGGCAGGCUGGGUCAGGCUCUGGCCGGAUGCAACGGGUGCAUAAUGUUGCGGACAGAGAGGGGGAGGAGGGUGAGGAGGGCGAGGAGAGAGGGUUACAGAGUAACGGCUUGGGUAAGAGCAGGAGCAGAGAUGGGGCCACGAGCGCCGUUCGAACCAGCCCUGGUUCCUUUACAGGCAGAUCCGUUACAAGGAGUAAGACCCACGACAGCCGAAUCAUCAGCAACAGCAGCUCCAGCCCUGUCGUGCCCGCCAGCCUUGGUAGGAGGAGCAGGAGUGGGAAGGAGAGGGAUGCUCCCGGCGCCUUCACGGAAGGUUCCUUUGAUGCAGACUCCUUCCUGGAAGGUUCCUUUGAUUCUGACUCCCUGCCAAGGUGGUCCUUCGAUGCAGCUUCCUUCCACUCCAGCCCAGCCCAUACAGACCCUUUCAAUCCCGACUUUUUUGCUGUAGAUUACUCAGGCGAACUCGGUGCUAGUAGUACCAGUACCAAAUCACUCCCUAGAGGGGAUACCAGCAGAGGAGAUUCACUCCAACGUAAGGAGCCUCGAACCAGCCUGCUGAGAGGGAUUGGUGCUAAGAUUGCUAGAAGCGAAACCGCGACAGCUGCCCUAACUGCACCAGGUCAGUUAGCCUCCUCGACUGUGAAGCCAAACACGCUCGCUCGAAGUGCCACUGCAGUAGCCGCAACCUCUGGUGGUGAGCCUCAUUCUGGUUCUAUUCUUGCCUCUCAACCGCACUCAACCGCUUGUUCAGUCGCUCAAGAGGACUGCACCUCAGCAGCAGUUAGGGUGCUGCCCAGCAGCCUAACCACUGGCGGAGUGAGCAGCAGGAGCGAUGCCGGGGGAAGAGGGAGUUUGAAUCUCCAAGGCAGUGCAAGCUUCCAGCAUGGGCCCAAGGGGCAUUCCAGAAAUUUGUCUGAGGAAAUACCCUUCUUCAGGGUGACUAGCCUUGCCGCUCUUUCCCCUGAAGAUGCACUGCUGGCGUUGUGGGAGGAGGAGGAGUGUGAGGAAGGGGGAGAAGGCAAGAGAGGGAUAAGAAGCUCCCACUCCCGCCGUUUCCAUGCCUCCGGCCUUGCCAUUGCCGGGGCUGCUGCCGCAGCUGCGGCAGGGGUUCGGUCUGGAGCUAAGAACGUAGCUUCGGGAGCGAUGAAUGUGAGGCAGGGGAUAAAGGGAGGGGCAAGGAACGUGGCGUCGGCAGCAGCAGCAGCUGCGUCAGGAAUAGGGUCGAGAGUAGAGAGUGUGGGUGGGAGUGGUGCAUUGCGGGGUGCGAGUGUGGGCAGCAGAUGCUGCAGGCAGGCUCCUAGGACGGAGACGUUUGGGCACAACGCGUCGUUCGUUGACAGGUUUGUUGCUGGGUUGGACGAGAGUGGGGUGGGUGUGGAGGGAGAGAGCGGACGGGAUUUAGGCGGAGAGGAAUGGGAGGUUGGAAGUGGUGAUGACGGAUGGGGAGGAAUGGAGGAGGGAGUUGGAGAGGAGGAUGAGGAGUGGGAGUUGGCGGAGGAGGGUGAAGAAGGGAAGAGGGAGGGUGAGGGGUUGGAGGAGGAAGGAGGACGGUCGGAGGGGUUGGAGGGGGAGGGUGUGUUUAAGAUCUCUCAGAAACACGAGGGGCAGCACGAGGGGCAGCACGAGGGGCAGCACGAGGGGCAGCACGAGGGGCAGCACCAGACGCAGCACCAGAGGCAGCACAGGGGACGAAUCUCACGAGCAUUUUCCAGCAAUGCUGUUUCGGUGCUUGCCGUUCCCGGCAGCAGUAUGGGUGAGGAGGAGGAAGAGGUUAGUGCUCCCGGAAGUGCAGCCAUGCGACGCUCAGUGAGCAGCAGCAGCGGUAACGCGGUAACCAGCCUUGUUGUCGUAACCAGCGAGAACGCGAUUACUGAUAGUGCUGCAGCUACCAGCGCUGCUGCUUUUACCAGCAAAGCAGCGGAGGGGCAGCACAGCCGGCGGGCUUUGCCGGCCUACCAGGUGCCCUUGUCCCUCCGCAUCCGAGCAGCCUUGGAGCAACGCACUCUAGAGGGCGGGGGUGAGGGAGUGCUGGCAGCGGCAUUGCAUGUGUCUACAUCUGUGGGUGGCGAAUCUAGGCUUGUUGCCAGGUCAGCCUCCUUUACAGGGGGAGCAGCAUGGUCGGAGAGUCCAGCUGGCAGUGCCACGUCAGCGUCGCUGGAUAGUGUUCCGGAUUCCCUUUCCCCGCAGCAGAAGCGUCCGCGGAUGCUGCAAAGGGCCAAGUCCGAGGGUAGGAACUCUGCUGCUGGUUCGGCUUCGUACUCCUUACUGCAUGCUUCACAGUUGCGUUUUGCAUCCCAAACCGGUCGCAGUGGAUACAGUUCAAGCGGUCGCUCUAGUUCACGGAAGCGACUGCAUGAAAUGUUUCAGGAGCAGCAGCAGCAGCAGCAGCAGCAGCAGCAGCAGCAGCAACAGCAGGAGCAAGAGCAGCAGCAGCAGCAGCAGAAGCAAAGGUGGCUGUCGAGUCGUGGGUUGGGCAGGAGAGGGCAGUACUUGAGGCAAUGGGCCUCAGCGGGAUGCCCCUCUCCCUUGGACGCUGCUGCAGAUGCUGCCCUAGCUGCUGCCUCAGGUGCCCGCUCAGGUGCCUCUUCAGGUGACUAUUCAGUCGCGGCCUUAGGAGCCGUCUCAGGUGCUGCGUCAGCAACCUCCUCUCCCCUGCGCUCCUCAUUCACUGCACAGCCACGUGGCAGCUCUCCAGCAGCCUAUCUUCCACGUGGCAGCCUCUCAAUGGUGCACCGUUUCGUCUUUGUAGAUCCCCCAGCCAGUAGCAUUCGCCCUGCUGCCACCACUGCCAGCAGCAGCAACACCCGUUAUCCUCGUAACCCUAGUAACCUAAGUAACUUUAGUAACACUAAUUACCUCAGUAACUUCAGUAACCCUAGUAACCCGAAUAACCCCAACUACUUGAAGCGGAUUGGCAGCGCCACGCGUAGCGGAUUCUCUAGCAGAAGCAACUCAAGUCGGUUCCGCGAGAGCAAGCCUUCCCAGCUCCUCCGCAAGAGCAAGAGCAGCAGCAGCAGUGACUGGAGGAGUGAUGUUAGCGCGCACGAUAUCAGCACGACAAAGGAUGAUGCUCCUCCUCUCCAUCGCUCCAAGUCCUCUGGGGCGUCACUGGACAGGGCCACAGGUAGCAGGGAUUCCGUGUUUCAGCAGGGUGUUUUUGAGAAUUCUCAAAAACACCCCACAGGUAGCGGGGAUUCCGUGUUUCAGCAGCAGACCCAGCACAAGGAGCAGAAGGCGCAGGAGCAGCAGGAGGCGCAGGAGCAGCAGGUGCAGCAGGUGCAGCCAGUGAAGCCGAAACUGCAAAAGCUGAGCUCCCGCUCCAACCGUGACUCAAUUGUUUUGCAGAAGGAGCAGGAGCAGCAGGAGCAGCAGGAGGCACAGGAGCAGCAGGCACAGGAGGAGCAGUUGCAGCACGUGCAGCAGUCACAGCCGAUGAAGCCGACACUGCAGAAGCUCAGCUCGCGCUCCAACCGUGACUCAACUCUCGUGCCUCACUGCUCCCCUCGCUCCUCUUCCCUCCCUGCCGAACCCUCCACAUCCUCCCUCUCCUCUUCGUCCUCCUCUCUCCCCUCCUCUCUCCUCUCCUCUCUCCCGUCCUCGCAGCGACAUGCAGUUGAUCUCACCACCUCCUUCCCUCAGUUCAAGCGAGAGAUUGCCCGCAUCCGCUGCUUGUCAUCCCUCAAAUCCGCUGCUGUGUCUGCUGCGUCUGCUGCUUCUGCUUCUUCUGCUUCUGCUGCGUCUGUGUCUCUGAGUGGUAAGAAGCACCACAAGGAGCGGUGGCAGGAGUGGGCCGAGCAAGUGACGGGAAAGAAGCUCCUGUCACGACAGCUGAACGAGCAGCAGCAGGAGAAGCCGCGGAGUUGUGAUGAAAAUCUAACGGAUCAGCAGUCAGAUCAGCAGAAGGAUCGGGAGCAGGAUCAGCAACCGGUGCAGCAGCAGGUGCAGCAGCAGGUGCAGCAGCAGGUGCGGCAGCAGGUGCGGCACUUACAAGGCAAGCCACCGAGACCGGGGCUUCACCGCAGCGCGAGUGCACAGUCUCUCAACAGGCUUCAUCCAAAGGCGCCCUUUGAAGCGCCUGGUAAGUCUCGUCUCGGUUCGAGGUCCCUCAGGAGCAGUGUGAGUGCGCAAUCCACUCUCAACAGGAGCCACCCAGAUCUCCCUCCUCACUUCCCCUCGCCUGGGACCCCCUCAGAUGCCUCAGGUGAGUUUCCAGGUGCUUCUCCAGGUGAUUCGCCAGGUGCUUUUUCUCAGGUGCGUCCGCAGGUGCUUCCCCAGGUGUUCCAGUUUCUCUUUGAGCCACACUUAUCACCGGAACCCUCGCUGCCUGCUCGUGCGAACCUGCUUCUUACAAAAUGCGCUGAGCUGUCAAGGUUUGAGCGUAGAGAGCUGUCAAUCAGAGGGCUCAUUCUGAGGCCGGAGGGAAGGGUGAGUGUGAGAAAGGAGGAGAGGAAGGUGGGUGUGGAAGAGAGAGAGCGGGACGGGGAUGAAGAGGAGGAGAAGGGGGUUGAGGAGGGGAGGAUGGCGGAGGUGAACGAAUGCGGUGCAGAGGGGUUGGGAGCGGGAGAGGGCGGUGGUGGGGAGAUGGAGAGGAGUAAGCUGGUGUGGGAGAAGCUAGAGCAGCAGCUGGAGGUGCAGAGGGAGGAGGAGGAGAGGCGAGAGGGGUUAUUAGAGCAGCAGCGUGCAGAGGGCAGCAAUGAGCAGUCAGGAAGCAGAGAGGAGCGAGCAGAGAGCAGGGAGCAGAACGGUGCUGCUGCUGGCGGCGUGGAGGUGGUUGGGGGCAGAGCAGACCAGGGUGAUGAGGUGGAUGGGCGUGGUGCUGUGGGGUUGAAUCCGGUGCUGAUGCCGGCCAAACCGCCGCGCAUGCUCUCCCGGCUAAAUGCCACCCGACGUCGCCCGUCUGAAGACAACAGCUUCGACAGCAAGAGUGUGGGAAGUAAAGGAGGAGAGGAGGAGGAGGAGGAGGAGGAGGAGGAGGAGGAGGAGGAGGAGGAGGAGGAGGGUGACAGGACGAGUGAUCAAGGCGGCUUGGAGGGUGAUGGAGAUGAGGAGGAUGAAGGGGAGGAAGAAGGGAAGAAGGAGGGUGAGGUUCUAUCACCAAGGGAAGAGGCCAUGAUGCUGCUGUGGGUGAUUCCCGGGUUAGGGGGCGAGGAGGAGGAGGAGAGUAGGAAGGUGAGAAUACGGCAAGCCCUGGCAGCGGCAGCAGGCGGGAUCGCCAGUGGGGCUUUAACUGUGGCAGGGGGGAUCAAGGGUGGGGCGAUGAAUGUCAGGGAGGGGAUCAAAGAAGGGGCGUUGAAUGUAAAGGAGGGGAUUAAGGGAGGGGCGAUGAAUGUUAAAGAGGGGAUUAAAGAAAAGGCGAUGAAUGUUAAGGAAGGUAUUAAAGAAGGGGCGCAGAGUGUUAGGGAGGGGAUUAAGGAAGGGGCGUUCAGCGUAAAAGGAGGGAUUAAGGGAGGCGCGUCAAAUGUCAGAGAGGGGAUUAAGGAAAAGGCGAUCAAUGUGAAGGAGGGGAUUAAGGAAGGGGCGUUGAAUGUGAAGGAGGGGAUCAGGGGAGGGGCGAGGAGUGUUGCAUCUGUGGCAGGGGCAGCGGCAGCAGCAGCAUCGGGGAUAGCCUCUGGUGAGUCUAGGCGGACCCACAGCAUGGGCCAACUACCCCGACGUGUGACGAAGAGUGGUGAUGAUUCUAACUGGGGGUGGGACGUUGAGGGAGGAGGGAGAGGAGAGGUAGUAGUAGAGGCGGGAGGAGGAGGGGGAGGAGGUGGAAAGGGAGGGAACAGGUUUAUGCAAACACUGGGUAAGGUGAGAGGAGCUGUUCUGGGUCUGAGCAGCAAGGGCCUUCAGCGAAGGGAGACCUUUGGGGCAACUAGCCCUAUUUCUCCCGGGUUCUUUCACAAUCCGCCCAGUAUUUUCCAUUGGAAGUCAGCGCCUGCCGAAGAGACAGUGCUUGUUCCCAUGGGCAGUGAGGAGGGGAGAGUGGUGAGAAGCAAGAGUGAGGAGCACAAGGGAGUGAGGGAGGUUGGAUUGGCUCCAGGGGUGGGGUCAAGGGAGGCUGGGGGAUCUCGUUCUGGUGACCUGGGGAGGUCUUAUUCAGGGGAGGUGGGAGCUGACCCUGGGCCUGGGGCGCUUCAAAGCCUGGGGAGGUCCUAUCUGGGGGAGGUGGAGAUUGGUGCUGUUGGGUUUGCAAAGGUGGUACGGAGAUACGACGAUGAUGAUGAGGAGGAGGAUGAGAGUCAGAGUGUCACUAACGAGGAUGACAAUAACAAGGAUGGCAAUAACGAGGAUGGCAAUAACGAGGCCUUCUGGUGGGGGGAUUACGAGGAAGAGGAGCAGCUGAUGCGUGAUGAUUCAGAUGAAGAUUCAGGUGACACUUCAGGUGAAUGUUCACGGAACCCAGUUGUGCUUGGUGGUUUGGAGGAAGGCGAGGUUAUUGGUGGACGUGUGGUAAAAGGAGGGGCAUUAGAACUGGGAAACGGGUGGGAUGAGGGAGGAGGAUUGGGAGAGGGAGGAGGAUUAGGAGAGGGAGGAGAAUCGGAUGAGGGAGAGGGGUUAGAGAAGGGGCUGGAAGGGGGAGGAGGACAGGGAAGGGUAGUUGCUGGAUGGGGUGCUCUGAAGAAGCUUGAUAGUAGGCGGCGCGAUCGACGGUCGAGAUCAUCGUUUGGUUCUGAUCUUCCGUCAGUGGAUGAAGAGGAGAUGGAUGUGGAAGGGGGUUUGAGUGAGGAGGGGAAAGAGAGAGAGGAGGGGAGAGGGAGGGAGGAAAGAGAGGAGGGGAGAGGGGGGGAGGGGAGAGAGGAGGAGGAGGGGAGAGACGAGGGGGAGGAGAGUGAAGGGGAGGAGAGUGAAGGGGAGGAGAGGAGAGUGGUGGAUUGGGGGAUAGAUGGAGAAGAGGGGAGCGAGGCCGAGGAAGAAAGAGAGGCGGAGGAGAAAACAGGGAUGAAGGAAGGAUUUCUGGAGGAGAUGGAGAGUGAAGGGGAGAAGGAGGAGGUUAGGAGUGAAAGGGAGGAGGAGGAGGUUAGGAGUGAAGGGGAGGAGGAGGAGGUUAGGAGUGAAGGGGAGGAGCAGCAGAGUGAGGCGGGGGAGGGAAGCUGCUUUGGGGAUGCAGGAAUGGGGCAGGUUGCGAGAGAGGCAGAGGAGGGUACAAAGGUGGAUGAGGAGAGAGCUGUGGAAGGGGAAAGCGAGGAGGGAGGAGGAGAGGCUGAGGCGAAAACAGGAAUGAAGGAAGGAGAGGAGGAGGAGAUGGGGAGUGAAGCGGAGGAGGAGGAGACUAGGAGUGAAAGGGAGGAGGAGACUAGGAGUGAAGGGGAGGAGGAGACUAGGAGUGAAGGGGAGGAGGAGGAGACUAGGAGUGAAAGGGAGGAGGAGGAGUUUAGGAGUGAAGGGGAGGAGAAGGAGAGAGAGGCGGAGGAGGGAAGCUGCGUUGGGGAGGUGGGAAUGGUGCAGGUUGCGAGAGAGGCAGAGGAGGGUACAAAGGUGGAUGAGGAGAGAGCGGUGGAAGGGGAAAGCGAGGAGGGAGGAGGAGAGGCUGAGGCGAAAACAGGAAUGAAGGAAGGAGAGGAGGAGGAGAUGGGGAGUGAAGCGGAGGAGGAGGAGACUAGGAGUGAAAGGGAGGAGGAGACUAGGAGUGAAGGGGAGGAGGAGACUAGGAGUGAAGGGGAGGAGGAGGAGACUAGGAGUGAAAGGGAGGAGGAGGAGUUUAGGAGUGAAGGGGAGGAGGAGGAGAGAGAGGCGGAGGAGGGAAGCUGCGUUGGGGAGGUGGGAAUGGUACAGGAAAUGAGAGAGGCAGAGGAGGGUACAAAGGUGGAUGAGGAGAGAGCGGUGGAAGGGGAAAGCGAGGAGGGAGGAGGAGAGGCUGAGGCGAAAACAGGGAUGAAGAAAGGAGAGGAGGAGAUGGGGAGUGAAGCGGAGGAGGAGGAGACUAGGAGUGAAGGGGAGGAGGAGGAGACUAGGAGUGAAGGGGAGGAGGAGGAGACUAGGAGUGAAGGGGAGGAGGAGGAGACUAGGAGUGAGGCGGGGGAGGGAAGCUGCUUUGGGGAGGUGGAGAUUGUUCCGGAAGCCAGAGAGGUAGUGGAGGGUGCAAAGGUGGAUGAGAAAAGAGAGGUGGAAGGAGAAAGGGAGGUGGAGGAACGAGAGGUGGAAGGGGAAAGAGAGGUGGAAGGGGAAAGAGAGGUGGAAGGGGAAAGCGAGGUGGAAGGGGAAAGAGAGGUGGAAGGGGAAAGAGAGGUGGAAGGGGAAAGAGAGGUGGAAGGGGAAAGAGAGGUGGAAGGGGAAAGAGAGGUGGAAGGGGAAAGAGAGGUGGAAGGGGAAAGAGAGGUGGAAGGGGAAAGAGAGGUGGAAGGGGAAAGAGAGGUGGAAGGGGAAAGAGAGGUGGAAGGGGAAAGAGAGGUGGAAGGGGGAAGAGAGGUGGAGGAACGAGAGAUGGAAGGGGAAAGGGAGGUGGAGGAACAAGGAGAGGCUAUGGAGCGAACAGGGAUGGAGGGAGGAAAGGGUGAAGAAGAAGUUGAGCGUGAAAGAGUGGAGGAGGAGAGAGAGGAGGAGAAAGAGGAGGAAGAGGAGGAAGACGAGGAAAAAGAGGAGAAAGAGGAGAACAGUAAUCGCGUCAGGGAAGUGGAAUUGGAGGAGGAAGGAGGAGAGAGUCUGGAGGGUACACAGAUGGAGGGGGGUCGAGAGGAGGGGGAGGAGGAGGAGAGUGAGGUGGGGAAGAGGCAAGGAUUGGAAAAUGGAGAAGAGAGCGAAGAGAGUGAGAAGAGUGAGGAGGGAAGUCACAGGGACGAGCAAGAUUUGGAGGAAGAUGGGGAGAGUAGAGGCGAGGACGAGAGGGAGGGGGAGGAGGGAAGGGAGAGGAAGGAGGGCGUAGAGGCGAAGGAGGGAAAAAAAGAAGAGAGGAUAGAAGGAGUGGUGGAGAUGGAUACCCCGUCUAUCCUCCGAAUCGGGUCGGCAGUGGCGGCAGCGGUGGCAGCAGGAGACGUGGUGAUAAGCGAGAGUGCGGCCGGUGCUGCUGUGCUGCUUCAAGCAGCCCAACCUCUCUUUGAGCGGACUGAGGAGCUGUCAGGGAGGCGAGGAGCAGCAGAUGGAGCAGCAGAAGUGGAAGCAGAAGCAGAAGCAGCUGCUGCUGCAGCAGCAGCAACAGCUACAGCAACAACAACUACAGAGGAAGAAGGGAGUGUGGGGCAUGGGAGUGUGGAGGACAAGCGGAUUGGUGAAGGGAAGAAGGGUAAGGUCAAGGCAAAAGGAGGCGAGAAGAAGGCGUUGCUCAAGUCACCUUCCAGGAAGAUUCAUCGGCGGGAGUCCCGGGAUGGGGAGACGAGUGGGGAUGAUGUGGUGAAGAGCGGUCGGCGCCUCUCCAUCCCUGCUGCACCCCUCUCCCCCACCACUCUCACCAGCCCCACCAGCGGCACCAGCACACCCCACAGCAACGCCUCCUCUCCCGCCUCCCCUGCCGGUUCCUUCAGCUUCGCCCUGCUCUCCCCUGCCACUCCAAAGCAGCAACCUUCUAAACGGAGCACUGCUGCUGCUUCAGGCGCUGCUGCAAGUGCUGGUGCUGCUUCUGCUGCUGCUGGCGGUGACGUUGGUGGGAAGAAGGUGAGGAAGGGGAAGAAGAAAGCAGCUCGUCUGCCUGCGAUCGGUGAGACGGAGGGCAGUGAGAGCGAGAUGAAGGAGGGGAGUGGCGAGAAGAAGAAAACUACCAAGAAGCACCUGCAUAGGGGAGCAUCGCUACAAGUCUCACCCAGCAGGCGGUGGUCUGUGGAUGAUUUUAGUGGCACCCACAGCCUGCCUGUGCGGAGAAUGAUUCCCCAGAGCAUGAGCGCUUCACAUGCCACUUCUGCUGCUGCUGCCGCUGCCGCUGUAGCUGCCGUUGCUGCUGUUGAGCGCAGCAGCAGCAGCAGGCGGCAGUCAGUGGACGAUUCUAGCCGCACUACAAGCCCUCCUGUGCGCAGAAUGAUUCCUCAAAGCAUGAGUGCUUCGCAUUUGACUGCUUCUCCUUCUGCCGCCGCGGCUGUUGCUGCUGUUGAGCGCAGCAGCAGCAGCAGGCGGCAGCCAGUGGACGAGUUUAGCCGCAGCGGCACUACCAGCCCGAGUGUGCGGAGAAUGAUUCCUCAGAGCAUGAGUGCAUCGCACUCGACUGCUGCUGCCGCUGCUGCCGCCGCCGCUGUUGCUGCUGUUGAGCGCAGCAGCAGCAGCAGCAGGCGGCAAUCAGUGGCCGAUUUUAGCAGCAGUGGCACUCACAGCCCACCCGUGCGCAGAAUGAUUCCCCAGAGCAUGAGUGCAUCGCACUCAGGUCCGGUGGUCAGGUUUCUACUGCCAGGGGAGGUGCUUUCUGAGCCGCCCCGAUCCCCGCCUACAGCCCAUUCUAGCAGUAGCAGAGCUCCCAGCCCGCCUGCGCGCAGAAUGAUCCCCCAGAGCAUGAGCGAUUCACAUGACUUCUAUCUGCCAGGGGAGGUCCUUUCUGACCCGCCCCGAUCCCCGCCUACCGCCCAUUGUAGCCCUUCUCGGGUGCCCCCCCGGUCCCCGAAUAUGGCUCAUUCUAGCCCAACCCAAAGCCCGCCUGUACGCAGAAUGAUCCCCCAGAGCAUGAGCGCUUCGCACGCCGUGUCCUGGCUCCCCCCUAUGGCUCGAUCUCCCACCAGCUCCCCCAACGCGUCUAGGCGGGUUUCUAUGGAUGAUCCCAGUGGCAGGAGGGGGGCUGUGUCGCCACACAGACGGGUUUCUGUGGAUGAUUCUAGUGGCACUCUGAGUGGUGUGAGUGGGUCUGGACGAAGAAUGAUUCCUCAGAGCAUGAGUGCUUCACAUGCCUCUGCUGCUGCUGCUGCUGCUGCUGCCGCUGCUGCCGCUGCUGCCGCUGCUGCUGCUGCUGCUGUUGGUGCUGUUGGUGCGGUUGGUGCUGUUGGUGCGGUUGGUGCUGUUGGUGCGGUUGGUGCUGUUGGUGCGGUUGGUGCGGUUGAGGGGAGCGAUGGCAGGGGCAGCAGCAGAGGGGUAUCGCCGGUUAAGAGCAGUGGUAGUAGAAGCAGGAGUGUGUCUCCUGUUGACUUCAAGCGGCUGCGGUGGAAAGGGAUUGGGAGGAGUGCAGGGAAGGAGGAGGAGGAGGAGGAGGAGGAGGAGGAGGAGGAGGAGGAGGAGGAGGGAAGGCGUGCGGGUGGAGGGGAAGGUGGGGAAUGGAGGGAGGAGGAGGAGGUGGAGGAGGAGGAGGUGGAGGAGGAGGACUUGGAGGAGGGGGACUUGGAGGAGGGGGGUGCUGCAUCUGGCAAGAAGAAGGGCAGUGAGUCGAAGAAGGGCAGUGAGUCGAAGAAGGGCAGUGAGUCGAAGAAGGGCAGUGAGUCGAAGAAGGGCAGUGAGUCGAAGAAGGGUGGUGAGUCGAAGAAGGGUGGUGAGUCGAAGAAGGGUGGUGAGUCGAAGAAGGGUGGUGAGUCGAAGAAGGGUGGUGAGUCGAAGAAGGGUGGUGAGUCGAAGAAGGGUGGUGAGUCGAAGAAGGGUGGUGAGUCGAAGAAGGGUGGGUUGGGCAAGAUUCUAAAGGGGCUUGAUUCAUCAAUGGGGAAAUUGAUCAAGGCAGCUGGAGGGAAGAAGGGUAAAGACCAGGGUUCCACCUCUCCUGCUCCUGCUGCUGCCCCUGCUGCUGCUUCUGCUGUUGGUGCUGUUUCUGCUGAGUCUGCCGGAGAAGCAGCAGGAAAGGCUAAGCGAACAAUGAGCAAGAAGGGGAAAGAGGUGGGCAAGGGGAAGGGGGGAGGGAUGGAGGCUAGAGGUGAUGUGCUGGUGAAGAGUGGCAGUGUGGGCGAGGAGCAGCGAGAGGAGACGAGGAUGGGAAGGACGAUGAGUAAGGUGAAGAGAGGAGGGAAGGAAGAUUGCGGGGAGAAGAGUCGAGAUGUAAAUUUAGGUGUAGUGGCAGGGAAAGGGGAAGAAAAAGAAAGGAAGGCAGGAAGGACGCUCAGUAAAGUGGAGAGAAAGGGGAAAGAAGGAAAGGAUGGGGGAGAAUCCAAGGGAGGGGAUUAUGAGAGGAAGGCGAGCAGAACACUGAGCAGGAAGAAGAGAGAAGGAAAGGGGGUAGAGGAGGAUGACGAGGGGAAGGCGAGGAUAGUGAAAGGAGAGGGGAUGGAAUCAGAGGACGAUGGGGAUAGGAAGAUGAGGAGGACGAUGAGUAAGAAGAAGAAAGGGGAAGAGGGGGAGAAGAUGGAGAAAGGGGAAGAAGAGGAUUCGGAGAGAAGAAUGAGCAGGACAAUGAGUAAGAAAAAGAGACGGGACGAGGGGGAGAAGAUGGAGAAAAGGGAGGAGGACAGGGGAGAGAGCAAGCUGAAAAGGCCUUCAAGCAAGUCAAGGAGGGAGAAACUGGAGAAGGGAGGGGAUUCAGGGGCAGAGGAGGAAGCAAGAGGGCAUGGGGCUAAGGAAGAGAAGAUGAUGAAUAGGACGCUGAGUAGGAAGCAGAGGGAGGGGAAAGAUGCGCAGGAGAGAGGAGGAGGAGAAGGGAACGGAGAUGAUGAGAAGAAAGCGACCAGGACGCUCAGUAGAGUGAAGCGAGAGGAGAAAGGGGGGGAGGAUUAUGGCGAGAGGAAAGCAAGCAGGACGUUGAGUAAAGUGAAGAGAGGGGAGCAGGAAAGUGAAGGGGUUGAGGAGAAGAGGGCGGGUAGAACGUUAAGUAGAGUGAAGCGAGAGGAGAAGGAGGCUGAGGAGGUUGGGGAGAGGAAAGCAAGCAGGACGCUAAGCAAGGUGAAGAGAGGAGAGAAGGAAAGCGAGGAGGUUGAGGAGCGAAAGGCAAGCAGGACGUUAAGCAAAGUGAAGAGGGAAGGUGGGCACGGGGAUGGGGGUGGGGGAGAGAAGAAGGCCAGUCGAACCCUAAGCAGGGUGAAGAGAGAAGGAAACGAAGCUGGAGGUGGUUAUAGUGCAGACAGCAGCGCGCACAGAGCCACUCGCAGCAGCAGCCACGGGCACGAGUCCUCUCACAGGCGAGCCACCUCGCAUGGGAGCAUCACGGGGCGGGAGAGCUUUCACAGCCAUGAGAGUUCGAUGAGCUCUGGCAGCAAGGGGGUCAAGGAGAGUGAGAGAGGGGCGGUGGAUGGGAGAAAGGCUGCUCGCACGCUGAGCAGACAUAGGGAUGAUGGGGCAGAGAGGGGUGACGCAGGGAACGGGAAGUACGGCGGUGGAAUUGGAGAAGAGGAUCAAGAGGGGAGGCUUUCGAGGCCAAGAACAGCUGAUAGUGGCGGAGUGGGUGGGGGAUGGGUGCAGCUGGGUUUGCCAAAGCACGGAGUGGUAACGAUGGGUCUGCAGGAGCAGCUGUCGCCUUUUGAGGCCCCGCCGGCGCCUCAGAAACCGCCCGUUUCUCCAGUUUCGGGUGGCAUCUGGAAGGCGAUUUCGUCUUUUGCCACGUCGCCGCGCGCCAGCUCAUCGCAUGCCAUGUCAAGUGCCACGUCACCGCUGAUGUCACCGUCUGCCACACCUCCUCUGGGUUCCCCCACCCGUGCCAAGUCACCCACAUUGAAGUCACCCACGUUGAAGUCACCUAGGAUGAAAAUUCCCUUCAUGGAGUCUGGUAAGGCGGGUAAGUUGGGCAAGAGCAAAUCUGCAAAGGUUAGUCGGGACAAGGAUGAUCAGGCCAGAGAGAAAAAGGAGGAGAAGAAAAAGGAGAAAGUGAAGGGCAAGGGGAAGGCGGGUGUUGAAGACGACGCCGCGCACGCAUCGCCGUGGGAGGCGCGUCGGCGGAACAUCACGUUUUUCACGUCCGAAGGGGUGUUUCAAAUCCACGAGCUCGCUCAUCAAGCUCCCACCCCUCUACGAAUCCCCUUCACCCAUCUACCACCAGACGCGGAAACAUCACCGUGGGAGCCUCGUCGAAACAGCAUCACGUUCUUCACCUCCGAAGGAGUGUUUCAGAUCCACGAGGUCGCGCACGUGCCCGUCUCCGCUGCACCACCAUCAGCACUAUCAUCGUCAGUACCAUCAUCGGCAGCGGUGUCGCACCGCUUCUCGGAGCGGCGAUACAUGGAUCCGCAGCAGGGCCUGUGCCUCGCGUCGCUCUUCGACAUCCGCGCCUUCAACGUGAGUGCACGUGAGGGGAUGCUGUUUUGUUCGUUGGAUGGGGGAAGGAGGGGAAGUCAAGGGUGGACCAUGGAUCCGCAGCAGGGCGUUUUUAAUGGUCUUGAUGCAUCGCGUCUCUUCUGUGUGGUGGGCUUCUGCCGCUCGCCUGAGAUGCUUUCUGACGUUGUAGCCGACACUGUUCUCAUGGCUGGUGGGGAGGUGGUGGACUCUAAGCUGGAGAUGGGGCAGGGUCUGCACGAGCACCUGCGCCUCACCGUCGCCCUUCCCUAUCUAUUCGGCGUGCCGCCCGCUUUGGACGCGCUCAACCGGGCUAUCAGAUUGGGCGGAGGGAUUGUGGACAAGAGCUUCCACCGAUGGGAGAUGUGCCCGUAG